AACCUCUAAAAAUCCGUUUAGGGAUAAAUAUUUUUGAGAGUUCGUAACACUGUGUGUGUUUGAGUAUGUGGAUCCUGCGCUCGCGCGUGUGGACGGUGUUGAUGUGGAGUGUGGUGGUGUCGAGGUGAGUGUGGUGAGUGUGCGUGUUAGAGAUGGGUGUAGGUGUGGUGUGGGGCAGGCGACUAAUGUCGGUAUUCUGCUUGUCACGAUUGUCUCAUGUCUCUAAUUGAGACAAUAGUAAUUUAGUGACUCUGUUAGUCAGGAUGUCUCAUUUUGGUAUUCUGGCAGAUGCAGUCUCAAAAAUAUUCACCAAAUAGUAUGGUGAAAAGAAAGGCAGCAAUCAGCUGUUUAGUUUAGCUGAUUAGAGAUGAGUGCAAGUGCACAAUCGUAAUGUAUGAAACGAUUGCAUGCAAUUAGUUUUUUUCAUAAGAUUUAAGCAGUAAAACUUCUUCUUAAUAAUUGCACAGUACAAUUAUUGAAAACUAAUGCUGAAAUAGUUUAUAAUAAAUGCUUAACAUACGCAUUUUAUCUGAAUCAAUUAUAUAUAUUGGCAUAUGCAUGUAUUUAUGUCCUUUGUUUUACAGAAUUUGAGCCAUUGGAAAAACCAAGUAAGGUCACGCGCAAGGAAAGCCAAGGCGCACAAGCUGGUGACAAGUGGCGGUCCCAUCUCAACAAUUGAGCUCUCUGAAACGGAGCAGAGAGCGUUGGAUACGUUGGGGUCAAUCGCGGUUGAUGGGUUGACUGAUGUACCAGCCAUUGGCACAGAGGAAGAAGUAGUAUUCACAGCUGCACCAUCGCCCCUGAAUACGACUUCGGAUGCGCCCAAUGACUGCAUUCCGUCAUCGUCCCGCAGCAAAAAAGUGACGACGGACGAAAUGUUCCGCAAUUAUAUGGAUCUAAUGAAAGGGAAAGCCGAGGAGGAAAGAGAUUUCCGUAUUAAAACGUUAGAUUCAAUCAACAAACACACGGAGUCAAUUAAUAAUUUAGCGGCAGCGAUGGUGUCGCUUGCUCAGACCAUUGUGAAAAAAACAGAAGAGAAAAAGUGA